AUUUCUGCUCGGCAGGUUCUUGUUGGCUAUCGUUUGUUGGCACCUAAGGAGAAAUGGCAGAGGCAAUGUCAAGUAACGAAGACAUUUUAAUAUGCCCGAUUUGUUUGGAUCUACUGAAGGUUCCAGUGACUAUUCUCUGUGGACACAGUUAUUGUAUGGGCUGCAUAAAGGGCUGCUGGGACCAGGAAGACCAGAAGGGAGUCUACAGCUGCCCACAAUGCAGACAGACAUUCAGUCCAAGACCCGUUUUAAACAAGAAUAAUGUUGUUGCAGAGCUUGUAGAACAACUAAGGAAGACCAGAAUGCAGGCUGCCCCUCAUGUUCUAUCUACUGCUGGACCUGGAGAUGUGGAGUGUGACGUCUGCACUGGGAGAAAACUGAAAGCCGUGAAGUCCUGUUUGGAUUGUCUGGUGUCUUACUGUGAAACUCACUUAAAGGUUCACAAUGAUAUUCACCCAGGAAGAAAACACUCAGUGAUUGAUGCCACAGGACAGCUACAGGAGAGGAUCUGCUCUGAACAUCAGAAAGUUUUAGAAAUAUUUUGUCGCACUGAUCAGAUUUGUAUCUGUUAUUUGUGUACGAUGGACGAACAUAAAGGCCACGACACAGUCACAGCUGCUGCAGAAUGGAAAAACAAACAGAAACAGUUGGGGCAGACCCAGAGGAGAUUCCAGCAGAGAAUCCAGGAGAGAGAGAAGGAGCUGCAGGAGCUGAGGAAGGCUGUGGAGACUCUCAAGAGCUCUGCACAGACAGCAGUGGAGGACAGUGAGAGGAUCUUCACUGAGAUGAUCCGCUCCAUUGAGAGAAGGCGCUCUGAGGUGACAGAGCUGAUCAGAGCUCAGGAGAAGGCUGAGGUGAGUCGGGCUGAAGGACUCCUGAAGAGACUGGAGCAGGAGAUUGCUGAGCUAAAGAGGAGAGAUGCUGAACUGGAGCAGCUUUCACACACAGAGGAUCACAUCCAUAUCCUCAAGAAUGUCCCAUCAUUCCGAUACUCUCCUUGCUCUCCCAGUAUGACCAUCAACCAACGUGUCUCUUUUGAGGCUGUGAAGAAAUCUGUCUCUGCAGUGAAGGUGCAGCUGGAGGAGAAACUGGAAGGCAUCUUCAAGCAGGAAGUGGCCAAGAUAUCUGCAGCAGUGGCACAUGUCAAGAUCAUCCAGUCUUUAGAAUAUACUGAUCCUGAUCUCCCAAUCAGAAGAUCAAACAGUAAGGAGGGGCUGCCACCAAGCAUGUCUGAAGUUUCAGUGCCUGGUCUUUUUCCUGAACCAGUGACCAGAGAGGAGGUAUUGCAGUACUCCUGUCACUUCACACUGGAUCCAAACACAGCACACAGAGAACUCCAUCUGUCUGAGGGGAACAGGAGGGUGGAGAGGAGAGAUGAGCUCCAGCCAUAUGAUCAUCCAGAGAGAUUUGAUGGGUGGGUACAGGUGCUGUGUAGAGAGGGUGUGUCUGGACGCUGCUACUGGGAGGUGGAGUGGACUGGGCUGUGGGUUGCUAUAGCAGUCUCAUAUAAAAGCAUCAGCAGGAAAGGAGGUGCUGGGUGUUGGUUUGGACAUAAUGAUCAGUCCUGGAUGCUGCACCACUCCAGCUCUGGCAGCUGCUCUUUCUAUCACAAUAAUAAAGAGACUAAACUCCCUCUAGUACGCAGCUCCAGAAUAGGAGUGUAUGUGGAUCACAGGGCAGGAACUCUGGCCUUCUACAGCAUCACUGACACAGUGACCCUCCUGCACAGAGUCCAGACCACAUUCACUCACACACUCUACCCUGGGUUUGCAGUAGGCAUUGGAUCAGUGAAGCUGUUGUGACCCACACUGUAUACAGCAGGACAAAAAUGUAAAGACCCCAAAUACAGAUAGAUGCUGACCAGAUAUUAGAUCAGACUGAGACUCUUGAUAAAAAAAACCCCACUUAAUCACUACUUUUGAUGGAGUAUAUUUCAUGUGUGAUGUAGUCAAUUCAAUAAUCGAUGUUUGUUUAUUAAACCUUUUAUAGUUGUUGUGUGAAUAAUUGAAUAAUUUGAAUAAUUUUCACCAAAAUCAAAAACAUUCUCUUUUCUGAUUGUACUGUAGAGUGGCUAUUAUUUCUGAAUAACGGGACACCAAAGA